UGCACGCCGGUCGCGCUGUCGAUGUCGGGUGGGUGGUCUUUAGUGAUUAGUGGCAUGUGAUAAAUAGUUUCCUAUUGAAUAGAAAACAGUUAAGUGAAGGACGAGGAGAGGAGGAGACGAAAGAUACAGUUUCAAGGAAGAGUGAAAAUAAUCGUUUGUGCCACAGGAAGCCCCACACACACACACGACGCAAUUCUUUACAGUGUCCGUUGUGCUAAAGCGUGCAUGGGAGUGACAAGGACGCGAGGAUCCUUUUUCAAAGCAACUUCAGAAGAGCCAAAGGGGGUGUGGAUGGCGGCAGCGGCGGAAAUGUAGAGUUUAAAAAGCAACGGGAUUCAAGCGUGCAAGGCUGUCCGGGGAGGAGAGAGAGUGUUACCCGCGACGCCGGCACAAGUUCAACUCAAAACCGUAGUCGGCCGCGGUCAUCGUAAGGCUUCAGGGGCGCGCGCGCUGUCGCACCCAUAGAGUUUGACCGGUGGAUGCAAAUUUUUCAACCGAAGAAAACACCGGCGAUCAAUCUUGCAUUCGUUCCGUUUCUGUCCUCUUCGCGCCAGCAGAGCGGCGCCCGUGCACGUGUAUCUCGCAAUCACACAAGCACGUGCUGCAGGCGCUUUCUUAGUGGUGGUUUCGCGCAAAGUCGCGCCACUCUCCAGAACUCAGCUCGCACAAAUGUGCGCCGGUCCCCGCGGAAAGAAGUCAGUAGAGUAAUGCGAUUACUUUCGUGCAGUCGUGGUGGUGGUGGUGUUUCCGUGAACCGCGAUAAUGAAGCCGGCAACGCUAACGGUGGUAGUGAAAGUGAGAAUGGUGAGCAGCCCGUGGCCGCAGGCACAGCAGACCGGCGAAGAAAACCGAGGCGCAAGUUGAUAUACACAGUGGUGACGUUUGCGGUAAUGGGCAUGAUCGGUUGCAUGGUGAACGUCGUGUUUGGAGCAAUGUACACCUCAGGCAAUGAGUCCUCCACCGAGGGCCUUCUCUAUCCGAUUGAAUCGGAAACUCGCGAAAUGAAGAAGCUGGACGGUAUGUGGAACUUUGUGCGCUCCGAAAGCAACAACCCAUCGCAAGGUAUCCGGGAGAAGUGGUACACGGACGAUCUGGCCCGGUUCCGCAAGACGAUCCAGAUGCCCGUGCCGAGCAGUUACAACGACGUCACGGAGGAUGCGGGCCUGCGCGAUCACGUCGGCACGGUGUGGUACGAUCGCAAGUUCUUCGUCCCGCGGGCAUGGUCCAAGGGUGAUGAUCGUGUUUUCCUGCGGUUCGGUUCUGUGCACUACUCUACAAUUGUGUGGAUCAAUGGAGUUCAGGUGAUGACCCACGAGUUUGGACAUCUUCCGUUUGAGGCCGACGUGACGAAGGCGCUUAAAUACGGCGCCGAGAACCGCAUUACCGUGCUGUGUGAUAAUGUGCUGCUUCAGGUGACGGUUCCACAGGGCAAGGUCGACAAUCAGGCGAUUGACAACGGUGUGGAAUUGGUCCAGUCGUACACGUUCGACUUCUUCAACUACGCAGGUAUCCAUCGGUCGGUUGUGCUGUACACGGUGCCGCGGGUCUACAUCCGCGAUGUAAUCAUCCACACCAGCUACGAAGGAGAUGAAGGCCGGGUGGACUACCAGGUCACGACCAGUACGAACGAAACCGAGCAUCUGCUGCUGAAGGUGAAGCUGUACGAUCGCAACGGCACGCUCGUCAGCAAGGACGAAUCGGAGGCGAAACUGCAGGGCACGGUAGUUGUGCCGCAGGUGCAGCUCUGGUGGCCAUAUCUGAUGCAUCCCGAGCCGGGCUAUCUCUACACGAUGGAGAUCACUCUCGGGAAAGCACAAUCAAACGAUGCGCCUACCGAUGAGAAGGAAGAGGAUACGGUGCUGGAUGUGUACCGGUUGAAGGUUGGCAUCCGUACGCUCGAGUGGGACAACAGUUCGUUCCUAAUCAACGGGAAGCCUAUUUACUUCAGGGGCUUUGGACGCCACGAAGAUUCGGAUAUACGUGGCAAGGGAUUAGAUUUAGCGCUUCUAACCAAAGAUUUCAAUCUGCUCAAAUGGGUCGGUGCCAACGCGUACCGAACGUCCCACUAUCCCUACUCGGAGGAAAGCAUGCAGUUUGCCGACGAGCACGGUAUCAUGAUCAUCGACGAGUGUCCUAGCGUAGACACGGAGAAUUUUUCACAGAUCCUGCUGGAAAAGCACAAAUCCAGCAUCGAGCAGCUUAUCCAUCGGGACCGUAACCAUCCGAGCGUGGUGAUGUGGUCGAUCGCCAAUGAACCUCGCACGGGCAAGAUGGUCGCGAGUCCUUACUUCGAGGCCGUGGCGCAGUACACGAAAAAGCUGGACCCGACGCGUCCCAUAACGGCCGCCAUUGCCGUGAACGUAAAUGAUGAUGUUGCGGCACAAUACCUGGACAUUGUCAGCUUCAACCGGUACAACGCGUGGUACGCCAACUCCGGGAAGCUCAACAUGAUUACCAACCGUGUCAUCGAAGAGGCGGAAGCAUGGAACAAAAAACACAACAAACCGGUCUUGAUGUCGGAGUAUGGUGCCGAUACGCAGGAAGGACUUCAUACGCUUCCUGCCUACAUCUGGUCCGAGGACUACCAGACUCGUGUCUUCAGCCAGCACUUCAAGGCGUUCGAUGCGCUGCGCAAGCAGAACUUCUUCAUCGGCGAGUUUGUGUGGAACUUUGCCGACUUCAAAACGGCGCAAACGUACACACGUGUCGGGGGCAACAAGAAGGGCAUUUUUACCCGUAACCGGCAACCGAAGGCGGCCGCGUAUCUGCUGCGCCAGCGGUACCACGCGCUGGGAGAGCUGGGCAAGAGUCACCGGCCGGACGAUCUGUUCCUGUACACGGCCCCCGAGAACAGCCAGCUAUCACAGGAGAAGACGGAACUGUAGAGAAAGAGAGAAUGAGUGAGUGAGUGAGUGUGUAGCUGCCAUUAACGCCAAACAACCCACUUACAAUUGGUUUAGAGUUAUGCACGAAACCCUGAAGUAUUGGACAAUCGUUUUGCGUUGUUCCGCUAUUAUUUCUCUAGCAUCUAGCUGUUAAGUGUUACUACGGAACUAUUUCUGGACUGAUAAUACAAUGAAAUAUUGUGGAAUUUA